AUAGGUUAACCGCUUUCUUAAUUAGGAUUAGCGUAGUGGAUAUCCACUAGCUGUUAUAGGAUAUCUACUAGCUUUUUCUGGCUAGCGGAUUUCCUAGCUUUUACCGGAUCUCACCAGUGGCUACGGUAGUGCCUGCCUACCUGUACGUAGGUAACUGGUAGCUACUCUUUGGUCGUCGGGCUGCGACGACUGGCUGACCGCUGACCCAAUGCAAUCAGUCAAUUACUUAUUCAACACCGGGCGUGGACGGGAACUGGAAUCACGUUUCCUCUAAGCCUCUGCCCCAGGCAUCACCGCCAUCCGUUUUUCCGACAGGCACUUGAUACCAGGAAUUGCCUACCGAUCUCUGGGAACAAGAUGCAGAACGGGAUCGAAUAGGACUGAAUGUCUUUUUUUUGCUUGUUUUUCUGCCUCCUACCUCACCCCACCUCAUCUCCACGCCCUCUUCCUCUCAUAGUCACCUCACCACAUCUCACCUCGCCUCACCUCGCCUUGCCGUACCUUACCUUACCUACUUAUCUUUGCCGACCUCUCAUAUUGACUUCACCGGUAACGACGCAAAGUGCCUCUCUUGCCUUGCCUGGGUACAAACAAGACCCCCCAGUUCAGGGUUUCCCCUUUUCUACAUAUUCACCAACGACCUCCUCCCGUCUCUGACGUCUCCCGCUUGACCUCAUUUUGACUCGAUCAACCCCACAUCGAACCCGAUUUUCCAAAGCAAUUCAGUAUUAUCAGGAGUCGGGUCCUCGUGAACCUUCCGUCCUUCGGUGCCACUUCACGAUCCGCCCUCUGCGACAGCCGCAACCUCACUGGCCGGGGGUUCAUAACCUCGUCACGGACUCCCUGCCAUACGUACAUUCGGGCCUUAGACCACCAGUACAUUGUCAUCGACUGGAGUGCUACGCUACGCUGUCGCCCCCCUCGCCCCACUCUCACACACAACGCUGGUACGGAUACAGACACUCACUCACUCGAUCACUCAACCGACCUACCCUACCUGCCCUGCUCCAUUUUUUUUUCUUUUUCGUUUUCUCACCUGGUUGCUGCGUGAAGUCAAUCCAGUAACGCGAAGGGGGAAGAGGAAAAUAAAAAAUAAAAAAGGAAAACAAGGAAGCAAGCGGGCAGGCCUUACCUGAACUCACUCGCGCCUUCUUCCCCUCUCUUCCUUCCUUCCUUUCCGCCCCCUCCUCUUAGAAUCCCCUCCCGCCCUCCACCCGUCCGGAUCCAAUCCACUUACCCUCCCACAACGGAUAGACUGUGGCCGACCUUCACCACAUCCCGCUCUACUCUCAACUUCUCACCCCCUUCAGAGAAAAAAAUCAAGUCUCCAAUUCCAACUCCAAAAAUCACAACGCCGGCACCUGCACUUGCACCACAACCGCAACCGCCGCCGCUUUCUCACGCAAACAAUCUCCCUACACCACUCCUUCUCACGCACACCCACCUACCUACGCCAGGCUUCACCACAUCUGCCGCUCAGUCUCUCGCAUCGGCCAAUCUUUCAGCAGCGCCAGCAAUAUCUCGGCCUGUUUUGACGUCAACCAAGGAUUUAGGCCUCUGCCUCGACUAGGCCAUCCAUCACUGUUACACGAGAACAGAGGACAACCAGCAACCAUGUCCGGCGCCGAGGGCACACAUGCAAACACAGGCGGCUUCGACCUACUGAAGCGGGCGACACAGGCCAUGAUGUCAGGCUCUAGGUAUGUGCCAUUUCUGUGACGCAUCUCUCUACCACUCCUGCCCAAUGAUACCCCUCUACACUUGUGCUACCCUGCCUGAGCAUGCAUUCUCCUAGCCUUUUUUUCUUUCUUUUUUUUUCUCCC